UAGUUCAGUCUGUCCAUAUCCAUCCCUGUGUUCACUAGAGGAUCUCUAAGAACUCAUACCUUCACUUCAACCCCAUCCCAGUCACACAAACCUGUCUCAUCACAAGGGCUGGAGGAUGGGGCCAGGUGGGGCUGUCUCUGUGGCCCUGCUAGGGUUCACCCUCCUGGGGUUGAUCUAUGGCGCGUUGCCCUUGAACCCGGAUGACCCUAACGUGUGUAGUCACUGGGAGAGUUAUGCUGUGACGGUCCAGGAGUCCUAUGCCCACCCCUUUGACCAGGUCUACUACACAAGAUGCACCGACAUCCUCACCUGGUUCAAAUGUACCAGACACAGGAUCAGCUAUAAGACAGCGUACCGUAGGGGUGUGAGGACUAUGUACAGAAGGCGUUCUCAGUGUUGCCCGGGCUUCUAUGAGAACGGAGACCUGUGUGUCC